AUGGAUGCCUUAUGGGUGGCCAGUGUCACUGAUUCAAUCAACACUAUCUACCUUCUAUUCUCAGCCUACCUAGUGUUUGUCAUGCAGCUUGGUUUUGCGAUGCUAUGUGCAGGUUCUGUCCGAGCCAAGAAUGCCAUGAAUAUUAUGCUCACGAAUGUUGUGGAUGCUGCGGUGGGAAGCCUUUCAUACUACCUCUUUGGUUUUGCAUUUGCAUUUGGAGAUGGAUCCAAUUCAAACCCGUUUAUUGGUGUACGGUUUUUUGCUCUUAAAGACAUUCCCAGCUCUUCUUAUGAUUAUAAUUUUUUUCUUUAUCAAUGGGCUUUUGCUAUUGCAGUUGCUGGCAUAACUAGUGGCUCUAUAGCUGAGCGCACUCAGUUUAGUGCUUAUCUUGUUUUCUCUUUUUUUCUUACUGGAUUUGUUUAUCCUAUUGUGGCUCAUUGGGUUUGGUCAUCUAGUGGUUGGCUAAGUCCAGGUUCGAGUUCUCUGCUGUUUGGCUCAGGUGCUAUUGAUUUUGCUGGUAGCGGAGUGGUGCAUCUGGUGGGUGCUAUUGCUGGACUCUGGGGAGCUGCAAUAGAAGGUCCAAGGGUUGGCCGGUUUGAUGCCUUUGGUAAACCUGUGCCAAUAAAAGGUCACAAUGCAACCUUGGUGGUUCUUGGAACAUUUUUGUUAUGGUUUGGAUGGUUCGGGUUCAAUCCUGGCUCCUUCAAUAAAAUAUUGGUACCUUAUCCUGACACGACAGAUCAAGGCCAUUGGACCUCAGUUGGACGGACUGCUGUUACAACCACACUUGCUGGUUCAACUGCAGGAAUCGUAACCCUUUUUGGACGAAGGCUACUGAUUGGCCAUUGGGAUGCUCUGGAUGUAUGCAAUGGGGUGCUUGGUGGAUUUGUCUCAAUAACAUCAGGUUGUGCUGUAGUUGAGCCAUGGGCUGCAGUUGUAUGCGGUUUUGUGGCAGCUUGGGUGUUGAUUGGGCUCAAUAUCCUGGCUUUAAAACUACAGUUUGAUGAUCCUCUAGAGGCAACACAAUUGCAUGGUGGAUGUGGAGCUUGGGGUUUGAUAUUUACAGGCCUGUUCGCAAAAGAGGAAUUCAUAGUCCAAGCAUAUGAUUCGGGUGUCCGAGGGAUAGUAAGGCCUUAUGGACUCUUCCUUGGUGGGGGUUGGAGUCUGCUUGGAGCUCAAGUGGUUGAACUACUGGCAGUGGUAGGCUGGGUUAGUGUGACAAUGGGUCCACUUUUCUAUGCACUUGACAAGCUUGGGUUGCUGCGGAUAUCAGUGGAUGAGGAAGUUGCAGGUCUUGACAUCUCUAGCCAUGGUGGUUAUGCAUACAAUGCUCAUCCAGAGUAUUCUUCUCCCCGUGAAGAGACCGGACCUCGCUUUUAUAGCGACUAUGUCAGGCUUCAGGAUAACUCAUGAUAUGCAAAAUAUUUCAAUGGCUGAAACUGGAAUUACACUCUGUGCUUGAAACAAUAAGCUUUCUGUUGUAUAUGCUUUCUAUCAUUUCAUCCUUGUUUGUAUAUAACCAAAAUCAUUUUAGUGUUCAAAGUAUAUAAAUUCAUUUCUCCUACCACUUCAACGUGAAUAAAGAUUUAUCCCUACGUGAA